AUUUAAAACUCUAAUAUAACCUCAUAUGUUAACUAAUUUUCAAAUUUAAUGCUUACAUUUAUGUCUAUUAUAGUAUUUUUAAAUUUUAAAAGCUAUUUUACCAAACACAAUUGAUGUUGCUUAUGUUUAUUAAAAGCUAUUUUUUAUUUGAUUUACCAAACAUAAAUGCUACAACUUUUAAAAAGCCAUCUUUUAAAAGUUAACUUUUAUAAGCUACUUUUAAAAAGUAAAAGCUUUACUAAACUAUGUCUGAACUUGUCACUCCCACGGCCACGCAGAUUCCUCUUCUUUUUCUCUGAGUUCAAAACCAAUAGGAAGUUAAAGUCGAUGAGGUAAGUUCCGAUAGAGCUGCGCUCCAGCUAUUCCUACAAUUUUUUCUUAUAGGUUCCUCUUUGAACUCUCCACCGCUAACCACUCAUAAAGGCCACGGAAACCAUUAUGCUCUCCAUUGCAACUCUCAACCCUUCAACCCCAUUCAACCACUCCCCAGAUUACAUUGUCUGCCGUAUUCUCAACCGUUACUCUCUCCUCCCAUCCACAUUCUCACUACUAUCCAAAUCCAAUCCCUAUUCCUCUUCCUCCACCUACAAACCCCUAUGCGUGCGCGCCAUCGAUGCCGCUCAUCUCUUCGACUACGAGUCAAAUCUCGCCAAGGAGUUCACUGUCUCCCAUCACCUUAAGAUCGCAAUUGUCAGCUUCGGCAACUUCGGCCAGUUCCUUGCUGCCACAUUAGUCCGCCAGAGCCACACCAUCCUCGCCCACUCCCGCUCCGACCACUCCGCCAAAGCCAGAAAGCUUGGCGUAUUAUUCUUCCAAAACCCCAACGACCUAUGCGAGGAGCAUCCUGAAGUGAUCCUCCUCUGCUCCUCCAUAAUCUCAACGGAGCGCGUGCUCCUCAUGCUCCCUCUCCAGCGCCUCAAGCGCAACACUCCCUUCGUUGACGUCCUCUCCGUCAAAGAAUUCCCCAAGAAGCUCCUCCUUGAGCUCCUCCCCUCCGAUUUUGACAUCCUCUACACUCACCCGAUGUUCGGACCUAAGUCUGCAAGUGACGGAUGGACCGGCCUCCCAUUCGUCUUUGAGAAGGAUCGAAUCCUCGACGAAGAGCACCGUGUUUCUCGCUAUGAGAAGUUUCUCAAUGCGUUUGUUAGAGAAGGUUGCGGGAUGGUGGAGAUGAGUUGCGAGGAUCACGACCGUUACGCUGCCAGUUCGCAGUUAAUUACUCAUACCGUUGGAAGGAUUCUUGAAGGAUUGAUGCUAGAGUCGACGCUACGAAAGGAAAUCUACUAUGCGGUCUACAAUGCUAACCAAUGAGAUGGAAAUCUUUGGCAUAAAUUCAUUUGGUGUCUAUAGUUUUUGAAAGAGGUUAUGACGCAUCACUGUCCUCAGAUUUCUCAGGCAGUAUAGACCUCUUUGGCAAAGCAAG